ACGUCAUCUCUCAAGUAAACAUAUCCACCUAUCAUUUAGAUUUUCUACUCUGAUAAUCCACAGCUUCAAGCUUUGACAACCAUGGAGGAUUGCUCGCCUCAUAUUUUACUCUACUCCUUUUCCUUUACUCUCUCGCAUUUUCUUUCCUUGUGACCUAUUAUAGUAUAUCAUCAACUCACUACUCACCAAACCUUUUCUCAUUUUUCUCAUAACUGAACUGAAAAACCAAAAUGUCUCUUCGUUUCUCCUCCCAUGUGUUAAAUCUUCACUCGGCCAAGCACCAAACUUUCUUCAAUCGUUUCUCUUCAGACUUCAUCACCAGAAUUCAGGUAAGCUCCACCACUCCUUACGCCUUGCCAUACUCUCCUUUGAAUAAGUUAAGCAGAGAAAAGUUCAACCACCACCCCAUUACAGCUUCAGUAACCCCAAGUGCUGAAACUGUUGAAUCAUCUUCAUUCAGAGCUAAAAAACCCAAUGAUGUUAAUGUUUUGGUGGUGGGUUCAACUGGGUAUAUUGGGAAAUUUGUUGUUAAAGAGUUAAUCAAUAGAGGGUUCAAUGUCAUAGCUGUGGCUAGGGAGAGGAGUGGGAUCAAAGGGAAAAAUAGUAAAGAAGAGACAUUUAAUGAGUUGAAAGGAGCCAAUGUGUGCUUUUCAGAUGUUACCAAUUUUGAUUGUUUGGAGAAAUCUUUGGAAAGUUUAAGUGUUCCUAUUGAUGUUGUGGUUUCAUGUCUAGCUAGUCGUUCAGGUGGAGUUAAGGACUCAUGGAAGAUAGAUUACGAAGCAACUAAGAACAGUCUUGUUGCUGGUAGAAAAUUUGGGGCUUCCCAUUUUGUAUUGCUUUCAGCCAUCUGUGUGCAAAAACCCCUUCUUGAAUUUCAGCGUGCUAAGCUGAAAUUCGAGGCUGAGUUGAUGAAAGAAGCAGAAGAGAAUAGUGGGUUCUCUUACAGCAUUGUGAGGCCAACUGCUUUCUUCAAAAGCUUGGGUGGUCAGGUUGAGUUGGUGAAAGAUGGCAAGCCUUAUGUGAUGUUUGGGGAUGGAAAGUUGUGUGCUUGUAAGCCAAUAAGUGAGCCAGAUUUGGCUUCUUUUAUUGCUGAUUGUGUUUUGAGUGAAGACAAGAUUAAUCAGGUUUUGCCCAUUGGAGGACCUGGUAAGGCAUUGACACCAUUGGAACAAGGGGAGAUGUUGUUCAAACUUUUGGGAAGAGAACCCAAGUUUUUGAAAGUGCCAAUUGGGAUAAUGGACUUUGCUAUUGGGAUUCUUGAUAACCUUGUCAAGAUAUUUCCAUCAAUGGAAGAUGCUGCUGAGUUUGGUAAGAUUGGAAGGUAUUAUGCUGCUGAGAGUAUGCUGAUUUUGGACCCUGAGACUGGUGAAUAUAGUGCUGAGAUGACACCAAGUUAUGGAAACGACACUUUGGAAGAGUUUUUUGAGAGAGUUUUGAGGGAAGGAAUGAGUGGACAGGAAUUAGGAGAACAAACUAUUUUUUGAAAAGAAUUUGUGCUAAUGGUAAUAAAGUUUGUAAACAAUGGAAUGGAACACAGUCAAUUUAUUAAACCAGUUUCAUAUAAUACUGUCUGUUUAAUUAUGUACAUUAUUUGAGUUUCAAUCAGGGGCUUUUGUUUAAUUA